AUAAUCUUUAGAAAAAGGUACUUGAAGAAACAGUUUGCAGACAACAUUGAAGAGAAGCUCUAAAGAUUCUUUGUCUCUUUCUCUGUCGCAUUGAUUUGUAAAAAAGUGUGGCAGAGAGAAACCAUGGCUAUGGCGGAAAUGGCAACGAAGUCUUCACUAUCUGCAAAACUCACUCUUCCUUCUUCUUCUACUAAGAAGACACUGAGUCUGAGACAAGUCUCUGUUUCACUUCCAACAUCAACUUCAAUCUCUCUGUUAUCUCUCUUUGCAUCUCCUCCUCAUGAAGCUAAAGCUGCUGUUUCCAUUCCCAAGGACCAAAUCGUCUCCUCUCUCACUGAAGUGGAGAAAACAAUCAACCAAGUUCAAGAAACUGGUUCUAGUGUAUUUGAUGCAACGCAGCGUGUGUUCCAAGUAGUAGGAGAUGCUCUUAAACCAGCUUUGGACACUGCUUUACCCAUUGCAAAGCAAGCUGGUGAAGAAGCUAUGAAGCUUGCUUCUCCUGCUUUCUCUGAAGCUUCAAAGAAAGCUCAAGAAGCAAUGCAGAGCUCUGGUUUUGAUUCUGAGCCUGUCUUUAAUGCUGCAAAGACAGUAACAGAUGUAGCACAACAGACGUCAAAAGCGAUAGAAGAUGCUAAACCGAUUGCUUCAUCGACCAUGGAUACGAUUUCUUCAGCUGACCCUAGUGUCAUUGUUGUUGCUGCUGGUGCUGCGUUUCUUGCUUACCUUCUUCUCCCUCCUGUUUUCUCUGCCAUCUCUUUUAACUUCCGUGGUUACAAAGGUGAUCUUACGCCGGCUCAAACGCUUGACCUUCUUUGCACCAAGAACUACUUGAUGGUGGAUAUAAGAUCAGAGAAAGACAAGGAGAAAGCCGGGAUUCCACGGCUCCCUUCGAAUGCUAAGAACCGCGUGAUCUCCAUUCCAUUAGAAGAACUACCAAACAAAGUAAAAGGAAUCGUGAGGAACUCUAAACGAGUUGAAGCAGAGAUAGCAGCAUUAAAGAUUUCUUACCUCAAGAAAAUCAACAAAGGCUCCAAUAUCAUCAUCUUGGACUCGUGAGUUUUGAUUAUUACUCUUUUACAAGACCUUUUUUGUGAAUCUUGCUUAAUCUUUAUUGGUCUUUUUGGCUCGUAGGUACACGGAUUCGGCUAAGAUAGUGGCGAAAACGUUAAAGGUUCUCGGGUACAAGAAUUGCUAUAUUGUGACAGAUGGAUUCUCUGGUGGCAGAGGAUGGUUGCAGAGCCGUUUAGGCACUGAUUCUUACAACUUCUCGUUUGCACAAGUCUUGUCUCCAUCGCGGAUUAUCCCGGCAGCUUCGAGAAGCUUUGGCACUAGGUCCGGAACCAAGUUCCUUCCUAGCUCCGACUGAAAACAGAGGAUAUAUAUAGUUUUACAAGUGUUGUUUAGUAUUCCUUUAUUUCUCAACUUUGAGAGAUCUUUUGAUAAGAUAAGAUUUUCGAAUUACUUACUUACUUGUCUUUUACAUUGAUGAUCAUAUAUGGAAAAGAUUACAUCAAACUGAAGUAGUAGCUAAUCAUCUAAAAGAAAAAAUGUAUGAUCAAAAACCGGGAUGAGUUUGGCCUAUAGUGGUAGGAAAAAAUUGGGAUAAAG